AUGUCCACUGCAACCUCUUCAAACUCCCCUUCGCCUCCGUCAUUCCUUUCCGUUUCACUAAGCCAACCUUUUGAUUUUCAAGCUGCUAAAGUUUACACGGAAUCUGUUCAGUGGGCGGGUAUUUGGGUAGCUACACUCUACGUGAUUGCCAUAUUCGGCAUUCAAUGGUUUAUGAAGGAACGUAAACCUUUACAAAUAUCACUUAGUCUGCAAUUAUGGAAUGCUUGGUUGGCGUUAUUUAGGUUGGAAAAAAAUUUAAAAUUAAAACUUGAAAAUAAAAAUAAUUUAAAAUUAAUUUUUAAACUCAUCUAG